UAAUAAUAAUAAUAAUAAUAAUAAGCAAUGAUAACUUCAUCUGAUUGUGUAAAUUCUUUCUUCUUAUUGAAUUGAAACAUGUUAAUCAUUGAAAAUAUCAUGUUAAAACUUGCACACAUAGAUUGUAAUCAAUUGUGUAUUCAUUCAAUCCAUCAUUCACCAAGUAUUAAUAUUAAAAAGAGAACAGCUCUAAAGAAAAAGAUAAAAAUAAAUUGUGUUUUUUUUCUCUAAUAAACAAAGAACCAUUUAAGUAAUAUUUUAUGUAUCAUAUUUCUGAAAUUCUUUUAUUCACAUUCAUUUUGAUAUUAGGACAAUGUGUGUGUGUGGAUGUGGAUGUACAAAACUUCUAUGGAUUAUCAAAGGAAAAUCUUGUUUUAAAAAAUCACUUCACAUUCUCCCAAACAUGAUGACCUUAACACAACGCCCUAGGCACAUAGAGUACCUUCAGGCCAGACGAAUAUCUACCAAUGUCUGAACUCUACAAGACUUCUUUCAAAAGUCAGAUGGGUUAUUAAAACUGAAAUUCGUUGGGUAACUACCUCUGGACAAUUCCUUACUUACCACCAGUUCAUAAAUUUAGCUAUUUACUUACAAGUUUUAAAUACGAUCAAACGUGCUUCUUGAAUUUUGUUUAGACAAUCGACUGGUUCUAAAGCUACCACCUAUUGAUUCCCAACAAUCGAACAAUCUUCAAAUUAAACAUGAAUUACUUCAAUACACACUAUUGAUAACUAAUCACCAGCAGGAAAUCUAUGACCAAUCCUUGACUAUUUUCAUUGGUUAAAACAUCAAUAAAUGACCUAAACAUAUUGUUGAUAUAAUCUUAAAUGGUGUGUUUUAUCAUACUUUGGAAAAAGUUCCUACCCUUUUUCUUCUGAGUACAUUACAUAAUAAUGUUGUUUAAUUAGUAUAGAAGACAAAACAGACUAUGAAUAAAGCUCAUUAUAUAUUCAUAUAUAAAUAAUAUAUACAUACAAAUGAGUGUAUAGAUAGUCUGAACAUGAUAUCUGUUUGAUGAACAAUGGAAAUUCCUUAUACGAAUUUGACUAUUCCAAGUAAUAAAACUAAAUGUUUGGUAUGUUCAUAUACAUCAAAACAUAAUUCACAAUUCAAUGAAAACCAUUUCAGUCAAGAAUAUACUACAAUAGAUUUCAACUUUCAAUUGACCCAUUCAAAGUGUCAUAAUGAAUCAGAUUUAGAUCAUAUAAAUCAAUUAUCUGAUCAAAUUAUUAAUCCACAAUUUCGUAAAAAUGCUAUCAUUAACAUUUGUAAAUCAAUUGAUGAUAAUACAUUGGAUAUAGGAUAUUUUAUUUAUUCACGUCCUGGUAUAAUAGCUGCAUUACUUCUAGAAAUUGUACAACAUUAUCCAACUGAUAAAAGUAAAUCAUUUUCAUCAGAAUCAUUUGAAAUUAUAUGUUCAAUCAUUGGAAUAUUUCAACAAAUUAUAUUGAACAACAAAUUUCGUUGUGAUUUUAUUCGCACAGGUCUUUUAACAUAUCUAUUACCUUAUUUUAACAUUGAAAGUCAAGCUGACAAUAUUGAACAUUUACAUAUUAGUCUAUUAAGUUUAUAUGUUACAGUAACAAGUAAACUAUCAAUGGAUGAAAUAGAAUGUUUUCUUUUAUCAGAAUCUAAUACCUAUUUCAAUAAUGAAGAAAGAUUAGAAGAAGUUGACAAAGAAGAGAAUUUUAAAGAUACUUAUAAUGUCUUAAACGAUUUAUUUAUACAUACUAUGAAAGCAUUAAUUCAAUGUAAUACUGAAGUUGGGAAAAAGUUGGCACUUAUCUUACUGGCUCGUUUAUUGAAUUCUAAGAAUCAACGAACUCGCCUCUAUCAUAAUGACAAUUUAUUCAAUCAAUUAAUUUCAUGUCUUACACAAAUGAUUCAAUAUAUAAUACAAAAAUUCACUAAUGAAAUACAACAACCACUGAUAUAUAAAAUUCAAUUCUAUAAAAAAUAUAAACGUUUAUUACAAUUUAUAAUGGAAUGUUUUAAUCAAUUAAUUAUUGAUUUAAGAUUACGCAAUCGAUUACGUAAUAGUUUACCAAUUGAAUUACGUUCUAAUUUAUUUUCUGUUAUAUUAUUACAUGAUCAAGAUGUUCAAUUAUGGCUUGAAAAUAUGUGGAUUCAAUUGGGAUGGGAUAAAGUGAAUUAAGGAUGUGAUUUACAGAUUUAUAAUAUAGUAUCUUAAUUUCAUCGUUUAAUGUUGUUUUUUUAGUAAAUAUAAAUAUAUUUUUUUCAAUUG